AUGCCCUCAGUCCAGGACGAGAUUACAAAGUUUGCCCGAAAACACGAGAUAAAGCUAGAUCAACACACCAAUCCAGCAGCAAUUCAACUACUUGACAACUCUCAAGACAUAAGGCGUCUCAAACGCCGAAGACCAUAUGACUUAUUGUAUGAAAAAGCAAAAGAAAAAGUUAGAAAUAAUUUAUUGAAUGCCAAAUAUAUUUCAUUUACAACUGAUGGCUGGACUUCCCUAAAUAAUGAUCGUUUUAUUGCUGUCACUGUACAUUUUAUGGAUCCAGAAGAGUGUAUUUUAAAAACAUUUUUACUUGGGUGUUUCAACGUGGUGGAGUCCCACACAGCUGUAAAUUUGUCAUUAUUUUUAAAUGAUUGUUUUAAAGAGUGGAACAUAACAGAAAAAGUAAAAGUUGCUGUAAGUGACAAUGCUGCGAAUAUAACAUCAGCAAUCGGCAUGAAUCAAAAUUGGCGCCAUAUACCAUGUCUAGCACACACAUUAAAUCUAAUUGCACAAUCCGGACUAGGUGAAAUAAAACACGUUCACAAAAAAGUAAAAACCAUCGUUGAAUACUUUAAACAAAGUACAAAAGCAAAUUUAAAACUAAAAAAUACACAAAAACAAAUGGGGUACCCGGAAUUAAAGUUAAUUCAAGACGUUUGUACCCGGUGGAACUCAACGUAUGACAUGUUUCAACGGUGUAUCGAUAUUAAAGAACCUCUUAUGAGUACAAUUGCAAUAAUAGGUAAUAUGGAUAAUUUAAUUCACGAAGACUUUGAACUAAUAAAACACUACUGUGCUAUACUUAAACCGUUUAAAGAAGUUACUAUUGAACUAAGUAGUGAAAAAGGCAUUUCAAUUUCAAAGGUAAUCAUUUCAAUAAAAGCAUUACAUUUACAUAUAAAAAAUAAAGAAAAAGGACCUAAUUUACCAAGUGCUAUACAUUUAAUGCUUUCUAAAAUGAUAACAAAAGCCAAUACAAAAUUUGAAAAUAUUGAAAACCAGCCUAUUUUAACAGAAGCAACCCUUUUAGAUCCACGUUUCAAGAAAAAAGCGUUUAGUAAUACGUAUACAUUUCAAAAAACUUACGAAAAUAUAAAACAAAGAGUUGCGGGAAUUAUUCAUUUAAACAAAAUUUGUUCAGUACAAAAUGAAGAUAAUGAGAAAACCAUACCGACCGAUCGUGAAGAUGCGACUUCUGAAAUUUGGCAACAGUUUGACUCUCAUGUGUCAACUUCAACUUCAGUCAACACUCCAACAUCUGAAGCUAUUGUUGAGUUGGAUAGAUAUUUGAAUGAACCUAUAAUAUACCGAAAAUCAGAUCCACUUAAAUGGUGGAAUGACAGAAAAAAAAUUUAUCCAAAUUUAUUCGAUUUAAUGUUGUUGCGUUUAUGUGUACCAUCAACAUCAGUCCUGAGCGAAAGAACCUUUUCAAAAGCUGGCUACACCAUUUCCGAAAGACGAAAUAGAUUGUCAACAAAAAACGCGGAGAUGCUUAGGCAAGUACUUAAGUCAAUUUUGGAAGUUUCAGUUUAUUUUAUAUUUUAA